AUGUGUAGAGUUCGAGCUUUUGCUCUUUCUCGAGUGUUUGCACCACCUCCUUCUAUUAUGUUGAUGUUUGUUUGGUUUUUGUGUUUGUUCUGGUGCUUUGUCAGGUUUGAUUUGGGAUGUGAUGAUCUUGUGGCUGGCUUCUUUUUUCUUCUCUUCCCUUCAACUUGUCCUAGUGAUGUCAUCUCAGGCGGAGGCGGCGACGACUCUAUUGGAUUUUGGUCAGAGUUUGUUAGCUUUCAUGGCCUUGGUAUGGGAUUGUGUGGGCUUAAUGCCUUCUGGUUGGUUGGGUCUCACUUUUUGGUGUAUUGUUAUUGGGGUGGGUUGGGUUUUUGGUUUUAA